UCAAGCCUUUUGUGCGAUAGAAAUUGCGUGACCGUGGUAACUCUUCACCACUUUCAGUCUACACUCGCCAAUUCAGUACUCAUACUCCCACGGUGUAAACGCUGGUAGCCGCCCAGGCCAUUGCUGUAUCAGUGCACACACCAUGUAUCUACGACUUCACCUACUCUGCGCACUCUUCAGAGAUUCAGAAAGUGGCGAGGUACCGAGUUGGCAGCUCCCAAACCCCGUUUGAUCCCAUCAGCUGUAUUACUUGUUGUUCGUGCAUUGAAAAUCUCUUGACGCCCUUCGCGAACUGGACAUAUCGGGCGUUAUGAAAUACAGCGCUGUUCGCACAGUGAUAGCUGACACCAGCAGCGAAGAGAAGAUAUACGAAUCCUUAAGUGCGGUCGUUGUCUACGAUGCAUUAUAUGAUUGUCGCAAGUGGGGCCCUCGGCAUAAACUCGAAUGUCUAGGUGGCACCCGCACGAAGAUUAUAGAAGAAAUCGAAACAACUCUGGAUGCAACAAACCGUACCCUUAUUUGGCUCUCUGGCUCCCCUGGGACAGGAAAAUCUGCGAUUGCUCAUACAAUCGCCAGCCGCCUCAAAGAUAAGUCGAGAUUGGCUGGCACGUUUUUCUUCAGCCGCCAACAUAAAGAUGUGCCAGGCAUGGCCAGCCUUGAUUUCUUUGCGCCUACCUUGGCCUACCAAAUUUCGCAAAGUAAACACAUGGCUAAAGCCUCCGUGGUUCAAUCCAUCAGAUCCGACCCUGCUAUCCUCGAUCCAAGGAAGCCGCUUGCUGAUCAAAUCCAAGAACUACUAGUUAAGCCAUUACAGAAUGUGCAGGUUUCAUGGGGGCAUUUGGAACCAAAGGUGCUUGUAAUUGAUGCGAUUGACGCAUGCGAAGGAGAACGCAUCUGCGAGCUCAUUUCAUGUCUGUCAAACCUCCUCCACCAGCCGCAUAUCCCGCACUUGCAUAUCGUCAUCACUAGUCGCCCUCUUCACACUAUCGAAGAUGCAUUUGAAGCUAUUGGCUGCGAGGAGUCGAUAUGUCACAUCGCUCUCGAUGAUGUGGAUGUUACUGAAGACCUUCGUCUCCUCUUCAAGCACGCUCUGGAAAGGAGUUAUAGGAAUUACGGUCUCGAAUGCCCUGAAUCAGAGUCAGACGAUGAGACAAUCCUCUGUCUCACUGACAGGGCAAGCGGUCGGUUCGGGACUGCGUCAAUGAUGAUGAGAUUUCUGGAGACCCACGACGACGACGAAGUGCCAUACGAUUUGGGUGAAAAAAUCAGCCUUAUGAAGGAUCCUGGUGAUGCAUAUUUACAUCCCACCCAAAUAUUCCGGUUCUACGAGUUCGUCAUCGACUCGUCAGAAAAUCUAAUCCGUGCAUACCGACAUCUAUCCACGGUAGUCAAUCUCGCCAAACCAUUAGCAAUUCUGCACUUGCGGAGGCUCCUGGGAUCUUCAGAAAGUGAUUUGUCGUCCAUUCUCGUGUCGUUAUCCCCAAUAGUCAGGGUUCCUACCGAUGAUUCUCUUCCUGUCGAGAUUCUCCAUAUGGAGUCACUUCGCAAGUUUCUUUCCCAACAACCGUCUUUCUCGUGUGCAUCUCAGCUCCUAGCACAGUCCAGUCUGCGGACGAUGAAAAGUUCGUUCCUGCGCCAGUCCGGCCUCAAAGAUGAGCUACAACAAAUGGUGACACUGAUGAAGAUACCUAUUGAAGCAAGUCCACAAUCAGAUCAUGUUCGUGCCUAUAUUGCAAACACGUGGUAUCUUCGCCCAUGCAGCAAGACCGUAUAUGCGGCCACAUGGUACCGUGAAUAUGCGCACUCAGGGACUGGCAUUGCUUGCCGCGCUCUAUCUAUUGUCCAGCCCUGCAAUAUGUCUGAGGACGUAUCGAAGGCUCGGUCGGCACUGAGGGACUUCCGAACGAGAUCUGAAUUUCGCGACUUACACGUCUUCGAACUCUUGUCGACAUUACAAGCUCUACCAAAAACAUUGAUCGUCGUGAUACUCUUGGCAAUUCGUCACGCCCACCCUUCCACUUCUGAUAAUAUAGAUUCGACAGAUGGGUCUGAUAACGAGUCGGACAUGCCUCCGGCGCUCAAACACUUCGUGCAAUACGUACGAGAGGGAAGCGAGCGAAGUUUGUCUAGCUCACCAGCCCUUAGACAUGCUUGCCAGUAUUGGGGUUGGUAUCUCUCUCAGGAUUCGACGGUUGUAGAAGAACGUCUGCGUACAUUUCUGCGUGCCUUCUGGCGGGAUAAGCUACUGUCGUGGUUUGAAAGACAGUGGUACUUGGAAGGUUUAGAAUCAUGUAUAGCCAUGCUGACCAUUGCACAGACCAUUGAUUUCAAUGACUAAUUCGUUUGCAAUCAUGCUUUACGAUCACCUAUAUUACUUUGAUAACCUUUGCAGAGCCGUCCUAUGCGGUUAAAUCAGUAAUACACAAUGCGUGACUACAAAAGUGUCACACCACUGAAACGCAAGUUUUAUGAUAAACCCUUGUAUUCGCUUUACAGUGUGUCCAAUUCCUACAAUCAGUAAAAAUCAUUACAUGUCAGUCUGUAGCGCCAUAUAGUACUCAUACUAGCACUCUGCGAGCAUGACACUUACUACGCAUACACCACCUAUUAUUCCCACCUUUCUAACUGAUCAUAGCAAAUGUCUAGAAAUAUAUACCACUUGCAGGGACUUUUAAUGAUACAAAAGUUGAAAAUUUCAGCCAUGCAAUAGCUCUCAGGUUUAUAAAAUCAAGAUUCACAUCUGUUGUCCUGAAAGGCAUUGAAAAUUUAUCCAUUUGUCAUACCUUUCACAUAUUCAGAUUAUCAGGCGUGAGACUGCAUAUGAC